CUUCACCCACCCGCUUAAGCCUGCGCACAUUCUGGCCGAUUAAGUAUACAGCACUGGUCUAACAACACAACCGCGCAUUUCCUUUCUACGUUCCUUGCACAACCCUCACAACAUGGCUGAUGCGCGCGGAGAGUACUGGUACUUCGACCCCGAGGUCGACCCGUCAAAGAUCACUGUCCCAGAGCUGCGCAGUAUCUUGUUGAAGCACGGCGUGACCUAUCCUUCUUCUGCAAAGAAGGCCAUUCUUCUCGACCACUUUCGAGAGCAGGUACUCCCUCAAGCAGACAAAAUUCAACGCGCGCAGGCUCGGACAAAGCGCUCCACCAGAGGCAUCGUCGAUGUUCCCUCAAGCCAGGAGAGUACAACGACAGAGGACCCCGAAGAUGACACUCUACUUGCCCCUCCUCCGCCUUCCACAGUCCGACGCACGUCGAGGCGUACCAGGGCUGCCACUGAGGAGGAGCAUGAUCUUCCUACCACUCGCUCAAAGACCCCUUCUCGGACUGUCCCUACAAAGCAUGCACGCACAUCUGACCUAGAACCGGAGGAUCAGCCUGCAGUUCGCCGUAACCGCAAGUCGGUGACUCCAGCCGUGAAGCAGGAUUCUCCUGACCCCGAAUCAUGGCAUAACCAUGAUAUUGAGAGUCCUUUCACCCAAGACAACCCUUUCCAAAGCGGCAGCUCGCCGGUAGCCCCGGAUACAGUUUCACGCGAUCGCAGACGGAAGACCAUAGGGUUCGAACAUAAAGAGAAGCGGAAGAGUGAUACACAUCGGCGCAGGACAGUUCAGCCCAGCGCUGAGCAACUUGACGAUGGCAUCAUUGUUCCGACUCGCCGGACCUUCGAUGUUCCCAUCAAACAAGAGUAUAAGGAGGAAGAGCUUCCAGAGCCAGAUGAUAAUGAUUUGGGUGAAGAGUUCACGCCCGAAGAGCAAUUAUCGCUGGUCCGCGAACGAGCUAAGAACGGCGAGAAAGACAUUCUACCUCCACGCCGGCGAAAACAACCCUCUAAAGCUAGUGGCACGCUGAAGGCAUUUUCCCUUACCUUGCUCAGCACAACAGCCGCAGUCUUAGGCGGAUUGUGGAGGCAGGAAAAGUACGCCGUAGGCUUCUGCGGCAUCGGUCGAGAGUCUACAUACUUGGCAAAUCUUGAUAUCCCGGAAUGGGCGAGCCCAGCUCUUCCCCAGUGCGAACCCUGCCCCCCACAUGCUAUCUGUUACCAGAAUCUGGAGCUUUUGUGUGACAAAGAUUUCGUCAAGAAAGAGCACCCGCUUUCAUUUGGAGGUUUGAUACCUCUGCCCCCGACCUGUGAACCCGAUAGCGAGAAAACGCGACGCGUUACCCUAGUCGCAGAUCGAGCUGUGCAUGCUCUACGAGAGCGGAAAGCGCAGUUUGAGUGCGGAGAGCCUGAUAAGGAGGGAAAGCCAGUGCAGAGUCCAGAAGUCUCUGAGACAGAGCUCAAGGAGAAGCUUUCUUCCGUGAAGAGGAAGGGCAUGUCUGACGACGAGUUCGAAAACCUGUUCAGGGACGCUAUUGGAGAGGUAGUUCGACGUGAGGAGGUUGCCGAGCACACCAACGGAACCACCGGCGACCGACGACUCGCAUCAAACUCCCUUGCAGAACUCCCCCUCGGAUGCAGCAUCAAACGAUCCCUCCGACAAGCAGUGGAGCGACAUCUUUGGCAGCUUGCUCUAAUCGUAUUGUUGUUGGGGUCGGGGUCCUAUGGGCGCUAUUCAUUCACUGCAAACCGUGCCAUGGAAGUCCGCGCAAAGCAGCUCGCCAGCGAUGUCUUCGAUCGGCUUGCAAAUCAUGCCGCCUUCAAUCACCAAGACCCAAGUGCGUAUCCAGAGCUUGGGAUUAGCAUGACCCAGCUUCGUGACGAUAUUUUGAGGGCAGAGUUCUCCGCUGCCCGUCGCCAGAAGAUGUGGCAGAAGGUGCAGAAGAAGGUUGAGCACAAUUCAAAUGUACGCGCUGCGGUCAAAGAAACCCAGACAGGCGACGUUGCCCGAAUGUGGGAAUGGGUUGGACCUGUCCAGAUGAUUGAGGACGGUCGGGGCGCUGGAAACAAGCGCCAGAGCGGACGUUACAGCUUCGGGCCGGCCAUCCCAAGCAGUCCCCCAGACAGUGCUGCUCGACAGGUGAAACAAGAGCUAAAGACUUGGGAUGAAGGCCGGCCUAUUUACUGA